GAUGAAAUAUAUCUCGCUUAAUUUUUCUCCUUUUGCUCUUGGUAACUUUAGAAACAUUUGAUUCUUUGUGUGAAGUUUUGUCCUCGUUUACUGUGUGCUGGCCGAUUAUCGUUCCGUUUGACUUUUUGCCGGUACCGAUCUUGCCGAUACGCGAUAGGCUAGUUUGUCGCUUUGUGUUUUUCGUCGAGUCAUAUCAUGCGGUAGGGACAACUAUCUCUGUUCACGCACUACCGGAAGGCUAGGCCAGCUUGGAGGUACCGGAUGAAAGCGCUGGGCGGGGCUAGUUCAAGUUGUUGGAUGAAGGCUGACUAAACGGCUUGGAUUAGCAACCUGCAUGUACUCCAGGCUGAAAGAAAGCAUCCGUGUGGGAGAUGAGGACUUACAGUACUUCAAUCUCUUGGCCUUACAGGAUGAGAGAUACGACCGCCUGCCCUUCUCCAUCCGUGUCCUCCUGGAGUCGGCCGUCAGGAACUGUGACAACUUCUACAUCAAGGAGAAGGACGUGGAGAGCAUCCUGAACUGGCAGGAGAACCAGGCCAAGAAUGUGGAGGUGCCCUUCAAGCCGUCCCGGGUCAUCUUACAAGACUUCACGGGUGUGCCAGCAGUGGUGGACUUUGCGGCCAUGCGCGACGCCGUCAAGCGUCUAGGAGGUGACCCUCGGACCAUCAACCCAGUCUGCCCGGCCGACCUGGUGAUUGACCACUCCGUGCAAGUUGAUGUGUCCAGGAGGCCAUGUCCCAUAGUCCCCCGCACCCCUAAUCCCGGCGGAGGGGCACAGCAGGGGGCCAGCGCCUGCAAGCUAUGCGGACCCGUUGAGUCUGGCUUUCGCCUACCCCUUCAGGACCAGACUUGUCCCUUUCACCACAUGUCCACAGAUGGCUCCGAUGCACUCAGGAAAAACCAAGAAAUUGAGUUCCAGAGAAACAAAGAGAGAUUCCUGUUUCUUAAGUGGGGUGCAAAAGCACUGGAGAACAUGCUGAUUGUUCCCCCCGGGUCAGGAAUAGUCCACCAGGUCAACCUUGAAUACCUCGCCCGUGUCAUCUUUAACAAGAAUGGCCUGCUGUACCCCGAUAGCCUCGUGGGGACAGACUCCCACACCACCAUGAUCAACGGCCUGGGCAUUGUGGGAUGGGGGGUCGGGGGCAUCGAAGCGGAAGCAGUUAUGCUAAAUCAGUGCAUCAGCAUGGUUCUCCCCAAGGUCGUUGGGUACAAACUGACCGGUGAAAUGGAUUCGUUGGCCACAUCGACGGACGUCGUGCUGACCAUUACCAAGCACUUGCGCCAAGUUGGUGUCGUGGGCAAGUUUGUGGAGUUCUUCGGUCCAGGCGUGGCCCAGCUGUCCAUAGCGGACCGCGCCACCAUCGCCAACAUGUGCCCGGAAUAUGGUGCUACCAUUGGAUUUUUCCCUGUGGACAACAGCAGUAUCACCUACCUCAGGCAAACGGGUCGUGAUGAGACGCAGAUCGCCUUCAUCGAAGCCUACUGUAAAGCCAAUCACAUGUUCAGAGACUACACCAACCCAGACCAAGACCCUGUAUUCUCAGAGGUGGUUGAGCUCGACCUGAGCACGGUGCGGUCCUGCCUCAGUGGGCCCAAGCGGCCCCAUGACAGGAUCCUGGUGACAGAGAUGACGACGGACUUCCAGAGCUGCCUGGACACCAAGGCAGGCUUCAAGGGCUUCGGCAUCGCUAAGGAGCUGCAAGGAACCACUGUGCCAUUUCAGAUGGAUGGGGCGGAGUACCAGCUGACACAUGGUUCGGUGGUCAUCGCCGCAGUUACCAGCUGCACCAACACCAGCAAUCCGUCGGUCAUGCUGGGAGCAGGACUGCUCGCCAAGAAAGCUGUGGCGGCUGGCCUAACGGUAGCCCCCUACAUCAAGACCAGCUUGAGUCCGGGCAGCGGCGUGGUUACGUACUACCUCCAGGAGAGCGGGGUUAUACCCUACCUAGAGAAACUAGGGUUUGAUAUCGUGGGCUACGGCUGCAUGACAUGUAUUGGUAACAGCGGCCCACUGCCAGAGCCGGUGUCUAAAGCCAUCGAAAAGGGUGACCUCGUGGCCUGUGGCGUUCUGUCCGGCAAUCGCAAUUUUGAGGGUCGGAUCCACCCCCUCACCAGGGCCAACUACCUGGCCUCCCCUCUGCUGGUGAUAGCCUAUGCCCUGGCCGGCACUGUCCGCAUUGACUUUGAGACCACUCCACUGGGCAAUUCGCCAGACGGUACGGAGGUCUUCCUACGGGACAUCUGGCCCAGCCGUAGCGAGAUACACGAAGUGGAGAGGCAGUACGUCAUCCCGGGCAUGUUCAAAGAAGUCUACGCCAAGAUUGCUAAGGGUAACGAGCGUUGGAACAGCCUGGAUGCCCCAGAAAGCAUGCUGUAUCCCUGGGACCCCCAGUCCACUUACAUCCAGUCACCACCGUUCUUUGAGACCAUGGAGAAAGAAGUGCCACCAAUCACCGGAAUCAAGGACGCGAGUGUCCUCCUCAACUUAGGCGACUCAGUCACCACUGACCACAUCUCGCCAGCUGGCAGCAUCGCACGCAGUAGCGCGGCGGCCCGCUACCUGGCCUCGCGCGGCCUGACACCUCGCGAGUUCAACUCUUACGGCAGCCGGCGGGGCAAUGACGCAGUCAUGGCCCGUGGCACCUUCGCCAACAUCCGCCUGGUUAACAAGUUCGUGGGAAAGCCGGGCCCCAAGACUGUUCACAUCCCUUCAGGCGACAGCAUGGAUAUCUUCGAUGCGGCCGAGCGGUACCAGCGAGAGGGCCACACCUUGAUUAUCCUGUCCGGAAAGGACUAUGGGUCAGGAUCGUCGCGCGACUGGGCUGCGAAGGGACCAUGGAUGCUGGGUGUGCGCGCCGUGAUAGCGGAGAGCUACGAGCGCAUCCAUCGCAGCAACCUGGUGGGCAUGGGCAUCAUUCCGCUUCAGUACCUGCCCGGUGAAAGUGCUGACUCCCUGGGCCUAACCGGUAAAGAGAAGUAUUCCAUCGACGUACCGGAGGACUUGCAGCCUGGACAGAAGACUACCAUCAAGACAAGUGACGGUCGUUCUUUCGAGGCCAUCAUCCGCUUUGACACCGACGUGGAGCUGACAUAUUUCCGCCACGGCGGAAUCCUCAACUACAUGAUCCGACAGAAACUGGCCAAAUGAAUCAAGUCUUCUUGAAGAAAAAUUUCAAAAAUCAUGCGGCUGAUGACCUAUGACCUAUAACAGUAACUUAAGUAAGAUUGAUAUGUGGUUGCUUCGAUUUCACACCGUGCAUCGAUUAUGGGCAUUCUGAAUGAAAGUGGUUCCCCCUUUCUUUCUUUUUUGAGAUUGCAUAAUUUCAGACUUUGGCCACAAUGUCGAUGUGAAGCACAGCAGCAUUGUCGGGAAUGGAAUUCAAAAUUCAGAUUUCUAACUUCAGUAACAAGGAUGUUAUGCUGACCUAUCUGAACAGGUGUAAUCAGAUCUUGCAAGUUACGUCUAAAUGUACAAGAAAAACCUAAUUUUCAUACAUGCGUGUUCAAAUUUGUGCGCUCGGGGCAAAUGUAUAUGCCUUGUUCAAAUUUACACUCCAUAACUACUUUUAAAAAAAAGCAUUGGAAAAUUGACAGGCCAUUGUCAGAUUCAAAGAUAGAGCCAUACAUGAUUACUUUUGCCAUAACUAUAAACUUACGCACAAUUAAAAUUGUAACCCAUUUAGGCUUUAUUUAAGAGAAGCUUCACUUUUGGGCAAGACUUGAAAUUCAUUGAGAACAAACGAGGAGAAAAUUGUCGAGCAUUUAAAAAAGUGUGUGAGCAAACCAACUCAUGAACUCUGUACAGAAAUUUCUUCCAUGAAAGCUUUGUCGGCAUAAUGCUGUCUGCCGCAAAUCAAUCCGUUCAUCUGACAUCAAAAUCAAAAGGGAAAAAAUAAACCUGUGGGUCUAAUUCCAAAAUUUCAGUACCAUUUCACCGAGAUUGAUGUCACUGAGGAAGCAUCUAAAUUACGUGGCUGCGGCUAGCAAUCAUGCACAUGUCUAUGGGAUCUGCAGAUAGCCACUGGUUGGUGGUGUCUCUUGGCUCAUGUGUUAUUUGUAGCCACAACCAGAUUAUUCAGGCAAGGCCUGAGCUAGCUGGACAAUGCUGCUGAUUUCAUUGGCUAUUUUAAUGAUGCAAGGAACCAGUGAGAAGCAAUCAAUAUGAUAGAUUCCUUGAGCUGGUAACUUUGUUUCUUGCUUCAAAGUAAACCAUGGGCUGCCAGUACAUAUUGAAAGCUGCUUCAUAAAAUUGGGGUUUUUUCCCCAACGUGUGCUUUCUGACGUGGUCAGUCAGAUUUUUUCUCCUUUGGAAAGAAAAUGGUGACCACUGACUAACAGUGUCAAGCUUGUUACUGUUCUGGCUUGUUUGCAAGUUGACCAACCAUGGAAAAAAAUUUUUUUGAUCAGCCAUGAUCAUGCUAAAUCAUCCAAAAUCUCCUACAAAAUUUUGGAGGAUCGUGGAGAAUCAUUUCAACAACUGAAGGACGUAAGUCACCCUCCAUCACAUUACCUGAUCAAAUUAUCUUUCAAGGGUUUAUAUUUUGGAUGGGCGAUGUUUUUUGUAUUGUUUCGUUUUGGCUUAGGAAUAUUUUUUGAGGAAAAUUUGGAAGACUUAAUUUUGCCGUAAACUUUUACGAUUUCCCAAUUCUUGCACAGAUCUUUUAUAUAAUGCCAGAAAACGAUGUUUUCAUGUUGAUGUCCUCAGCGUGUGUUAUCCAGUAUGUAUUAUAGUUAACUGUAUACUUCGCUCAUUGAUGGUCAGUACACUAUGUUUAACAGUGCCCCAAAUUGCCAAAAUUUAGAGCGCUGUAUUUAAUUCCAGAGUAAUUAUGAAGGACAUCUCAUUUAGCCUUUAUGUGUGUACAGAUAAGUUCCAAUUUUGAGCAAUGCUGCCAGGCCAAAUUUCAUGGUACUGCUCAUAAGCUGAUUUUUGUACUAGUAACACGGCCUUUAUCUGUUUCACAGAGACUGUCAAAGUGGUAAGCAGAGCAAUAGCAAACUUAACCACCGAGGAAAAAAUUGCUUAAAUUGGUGGCAUGGCAACAGAAAUCUCCACACACAUGCAAGUGUUAGCUUACCCAAGUUGUGAAUUGGUGCUUACCCUGAUUGUCUGCUAUUCGCCUUGAGCAGCAGUGCCGCCUCAUUGGUUGAAAAGAGCCAUGUUGGUCAGGAGUUUAUAUUUUGCUGGUAGCCGUGCAACCCUAACGCAUGCGUUGCAUAGUCGUUUAUGAACCAGCAAAGUGCAGUUCCGACCAAGGGAACAUCUGUUGCUGGGAAAUUUGCGCCCUCUCUUGGUUCAGGUCGGGUCUCAAAGUAUCUGUCACACUGACCGUUAAGCAGCACUGUGAGAUUGGACCCCAGUAUUUGAAAUAGACAUGUCAAGAGUAAUGUAGAAAUGAAGUUUAUUUGACACAGACGGAAAAUAAUUUGAUUCAGUAAUUUUUCUUUCAUUAUGUCCAAAAGAAAAAAACAACUGCUGGACCAAAUCAUGAUUACCCUCCUUUGCUACAACAGUCGCAGACAAGUCGAAAAUUCCUUCCACUUGAUUUUGCCCCAGCACACAGACACAUAGGGGUCAUUUGACUGAUUUUAACUGAUCGGACAACUGUGUCAAGGACGCAUCUCAGUUCCUGGUCGUUGGAACUUGGGAAGGAAUGAAAAUGUUCCGAGACCAAGGUUUUUGAUGCACAUGUUCAGAAUUAUUUCUGCUCGCCCCAUCUGGAAAAUCCAUAUGUUCAUCCAAAAAUACUUGUGAUUCUCAUUUCUGAAUAACUUUGUGUAAAAGUGGUUUUUACAGUGCUGUAUUGAAGACUGCAGUGUUAGCCGGACUGAGAACACGAGUACCAAGUCAACAAAGUGAGAAAUUCUUAAUUUUCCCUGUUUCUCAUGAAGUCUAGGUCCCUGUCUACUCACAGUUUGCAAAGAACUAGAUCAACUCUGAUUAUUUCCAGUGAAGUGUUCAAACCUAAUUGCGAAGAUGGUGCUAUAUAUGUAACUUCGAAUGUACGUGGUGACAACCGCACUGUGACCUCGAAUUGAGAUCCACGGUGAUAUUUGGGAGAACUGAUCUCGUGGUAUUGUGCAUCAUUUGGUAAAAUUUGUCAUUUGGUGAAGUGAGGAGUUAUGAAGUAUGUACACGUUACCAGAAAAAAAAAGAUGGCAGUAGAAAUGUGAAUGGACCCUUUGUAGGAUGGCACGCAAGACUUGGAACUGUUGAAUGCUUCCGGUACAGUGUCUAGAUUGAGAAUUGGGCAGAUUUUUUCAGGGAAAAAAAACAAGAGAGAUUAGAGGAAUGAAAAUGCCAACCAGACUUUAAAAGAUCAUCUGGAACUUUGUUUCCAAUCCUUAAAGAGGAAAAUACUGCCCUUACAUCAGUUUGUAGAAUUUGUCCAAGAGAACUUAGCUUCCAUUCGAAGGUACAGAUUCUUGGAUGUGUAUAUCCAGUCACUGAUUUUGUGUUGCUUUUUUUUUUCAGCCAAGGAAAUGGGAAUUUUAUCAUUUUACUUCAGGAAUAUUGAAAUGUUAUUUUUGUUUGUUGUCAUUUUAUGCGCGAUUAAUAUUUUUGUUGGGUCAAAUAGUUACUGGAGGAGACGACGAAAGAUCCACACAAAUACAUGCAGAUGUUAAAUAUUGCAACGUUGUAAAUUGGUAACACAAUUCAGUUCCCAAGAGAAAUUAUAACCUCUGUCUGCACUUA